AUGGUUACAGUUAGAUGCAUGUUAACUAUUGUUGUUAAUAAUAAUUGGCCUUUGUUUCAAUUAGAUGUUAAUAAUGCUUUUUUGUAUGGUGAUCUAUGUGAAGAUGUGUAUAUGGAUAUUCCACAAGGAUAUUCAAGUGAAAACAAUUUUUUGGUUUGUAAACUUAACAAGUCUUUAUAUGGACUUAAGCAAGCUCCUAGACAGUGGAAUUCAAAAUUGUCUAGUGCUUUACUUGAAUGUGGUUUUAGUCAAAGUAAAUCUGAUUACUCCUUGUUUACUAGGAAUAUUAAUGGUAAUUUUGUUGCACUUUUGGUUUAUGUAGAUGAUAUAGUUAUUACUGGAAAUUGUGUUAAAGAAAUUGAGCAAGUAAAAUCUUUUCUAAGUACCAAGUUUAAGAUUAAAGAUCUUGGCAAAUUAAAAUUUUUCUUGGGAAUUGAAGUCUUAGAGAAUGAUAAUGGUUUAUGUUUUUCUCAAAGAAAGUAUUGCUUGGAAUUGUUAAAUGAUUUUGGAAUGCUUGGAUGUAAACCAAUGCAUACUCCUCUUGAGAUGAACAUAACAGUAAAACCUUUUACUAAAAAUGGUAAAAUGCUUGAUAAUAUUACUGUUUAUCAAAAGUUAAUUGGAAAAUUGAUUUAUUUGACUUUAACUAGACCAGACAUUAGCUAUUCUGUUCAGUGUCUUUCACAGUUUAUGCAUGCACCUUCUCAAGAACAUUUUGAUCUUGGAUUAAGAAUUCUUAGAUAUGUAAAGAAGGCUCCAGGUAAAGGUUUGUUUGUGCAAAAAGGUAAUAAUAGUCUUCUUACUGGUUAUGUUGAUUAUGACUGGGCAAGAUGUGUUACUACAAGAAAAUCUGUUACAAGUUUUACUGUGUAUCUUGGAAAUACUUUAGUUUCAUGGAAAAGCAAAAAACAACCCACUGUUGCCAAGUCCUCAGCAGAAGCUGAAUAUAGGGCAUUGGCAGCAGUGACUUGUGAAAUAAUAUGGCUCAAAAAUUUACUUCUUGACUUUGGUAUUACAUGUUCAAUUCCUGUAAAUGUACACUGUGAUAGUAAGGCAGCUAUUCAAAUAGCAGCAAACCCAGUCUUCCAUGAAAAAACCAAGCAUUUAGAAAUUGACUUGUAUUUUGUAAGAGAAAAAAUUUCUGCAGGAUUAUUGAACACUGUAAAAAUACAGUCUGAGUUAAAUGCGGCUGAUGUCUUUACCAAAAGAAGAGACAAGUUGACAAAGUUGGAGGUUCAAUUCUGGAUAGCAAGUAAUAUAAAGCUCAGGGUAGAUUCUGUCAUAAGUAUAAAGUCAAGGGUCUUAUCUGUAUAUUGUUGA